GGGCCGCGCGACGGAGUAAGAUGGCGCCAGCUGGCCGCGGGGAGCGGCGGGCUCCAGCGCGCUUCGUCUACGUGACCCGCUUCGGCUCGCACCAGUGUGGCUGCGUGUUGCAGCUAGGUGGCCCUCGAGCUUCCGGCCGCGGAUGGUCAAGGCCCGAGACCCGCGGCGGCCCAAAAGAGCCGCGGGAGGCGGCGGCGGGGUCCCUGAACGGCGGCGAGCUGCCCGCGGGUCCCGGGCGCAGGGUCCCCGCGGGCCGGGCCGGCAGCUCCCGGCUACGGGCGUCGAAUGCGCCAGGCCGCCCCGGCCCUGCAGGUGUCAUUCAGAAGGAUGCAGCUAAAAAGUUUGAUUUUCCUAUACAAGUGAAUGAAGCCUCCAAAAUAAUGAAAAAAAUGAAAAAGGUUUCAGUAUGGAACAGUGUAUACAAAGUCAUUUCUAGAAUGCUUGAAGAAAAUGAAAAAUAUAGACUCAGGCUGAAAUGCCAGAAGUUAUCUAGUGAAAACUCAGAUUACACAAGAUGAAUCUUAUGCUCAUCUUUUGGAUUAACCUAUCUUUGGAUUUAUUUACCAGUGAAGAUAAUGAAGAGUUUAAAGAUGGAAUGUUAAAUGGAAUCACAAUUAUUUGUUAACUUUGGUGUGAUUUUGGAAUUAGUAAUAUAAUAGUUCAGUGGAAAAACUAGCCUCUUUAUAAAUUAAUAGUAUUUUUUUUGCAAGCCGAUACAAUUUUUAAACAUUAUUAUCAUAUGCAUGCAAGUAUUAUUUUCAGAAUUAAUACUUUUAAAUUAAUCUUAAACAUAAAAUUUAAUUAGCAUAUAACACAAUUAUGUUUAUAAUUGGUAACUUUUACCUUUCAUUAGUAAGUCUGCAACUGCUACUUAUACAUCUCUUCUUUUAAGUGUAACUUUUAAAUUAAACUUGUAUUAAUUUAAAUUAUUUUUGGCUUCCUCCCUUUGUUUAAAAUUGUGAAGAGCAAUAAUUAUUUUGGGUGUUAAAACUAAACUAAUUAUUACUUAAGCUGUGCUUUCAUCCUAAGGAUAAUUAGCCUGUGUAUAUGUUUAUGAUAUGAAUAUAUUACAAUUGACUCUAUAAUGAUAUGGAGUAUUUUAGGAACAUUUUUGAGCAAAGAUCAGAGGAGAUGCCCUUCUCCAUGGCCAGACUCCUAAUUAAAAGAUACAUUAUUUUUAAAUCAUUGAGGGAGAACUUUAGAACUCUGAAACAAUUAUUUAGAAGUGUUUCCCAGUUUAGUUCUUUUAUUUUCCACCUAAUAUUAAGUAGUAAGUAAUGUUACAUUAAGCAGUGUUCUUGGUUUUUUUGCUGGCUUGGGAAUUUGGGAGGGAAAGACAAAAGAGGGUUUUCAAACCUUUUGUACACUACUUCUUUCCCUUGAGGUGGUAGGUCUUUUCCUUUAAUAAUCCAGAUGGGAACACGGAUUACAUCAGUUCCUCGUGGAAGCAUUGAGAGGUUGAGCUUCCUCAAUUUUCUUAUACUGGUGAUGCAAAAUGGGAACAUACAAAAUUAUCAUUAAACAAUAAAAGAUAUAAGCACUGUAAAAUAAUUCACAGUGUUGUUUCUUCCUCUACUUAUAACUUACUUACUUCAUAAAAGUCCAAUGGCCUAGGAUUUGAAGCAGCAUGUCUUCUGGUGAUUGUUUACCAAUCCACUUGUUUUUAGUUGAAGGACAUAUUGCCUGGGCACAUGGCCUAGGUCCUGCCUGUCACAUGAGGUCCACAGUUCCCCUGCACACAGAAACAUCUAACUUCUUUAAAGUGUGCUGAAUAAAUUAUUAGUAUGCUAAAUCCUUGAGUGAAGUUUCAAAUUUUAGCAUGUACAACUUAAAUGCAUUGCAAAAUGAGACAUGUUUCUAUUGUAAUUUAUGCUGCAUAAAGUUUUGUGGUGAAGUUUUAGGUUUCUUCAGUGUAGUUUUUAUUUAUGUGACUUGUGCAACUUGACAUAGUAAUAUAGUCUGUUUUAUCAGGUGUGCUAGUAUUCAUUAGAUUUACAGUAUGAAUCUAAUGCUGGGUACAAACUUAGUUUGUCUCACUGUUCUAGAACCAUGGAAUAAUGAACACUCUCACUGAAAUGAAUGCUUUAAAUAUUUUAAUUUUUGUUAAAUAAUUCCUGGUGAAAAUGUAUUGAAGUCUCUGUUUUCUUAAAUAUAAUAGGGCUUCUUUGAUGACAUGUUCAUUGUAUACUGUUGUUUAUUUAUGAUUCUAUAAUUCUAGCAAGGUUGAUGACUCUGAUACAUUAAAACCUCAGACUACUAUAUAGUCUUGGCUUCUCUUCAUCUGUAUUCCAAACUCUCUUUUCUGUGGCCUCCAUGAAUAGGAAUGUCCACUCAUUAAAUCCAUACCUAAUUCUUUAUUUCCUCUUAGACUAAAGGCAGCUUAUUUUAGCCCAGUAGUCUGGUCCUGUAGCCCUACAUUCUUAUAAAGGCAUCAUUAAACAUCAGAGAUUCUGCAUACAGAAGCUUAGGUAGCUUGAGUCGGUUAUCAACUUGUCCUCCUGAUGCAACCAGGAGAUGCAGUAAACAAAUGUGUGAGGUUGCUACUGGCAUAACAGUAGACUUGUAUACUUUAAAACAACAACAAAGCAUAGUAUAGUAAAUAUAUAAACCAUUAAAGUUUAUAAAGUGCAUAAUGUAUGUGCUAUACUUUACUAUAUUUUUUCUUUUGCAAUGCUAGGGAUCAAACCUAGGGCCAUAUGCAUGCCUGCAUGCACUCUACCACUAAGCUACAUCCCCAGCCCUGUGCUGAUUUUUAUAUGAUUGGUAGAACAAUAGGUUUGUUUAUACCAGCAUCAUCACAAACACUUGAAGAAUGCAUUGUGUUAGCAUGUCUGUGAUGUCACUGUUGUGUAUGAAAUUUGUUGUUGGCCAAGAUAUCAUUAUGUGAUGUAUGAUUUUAUUUUCAUGUUCUGUUUUGGAAUUUGUGGUAGAUGUUUUAUGCUUAGAUGUGCAGGGCAGGAAGAGGAGAAAAUGAAAGAUUUUAGUGAGUACAGAAUAGAGAAGAAAUAUGUCAAUAUUUCCAAUAAUCGUUCAGCCAUUUAUUUCAGAUAACUCAGAUGAUUUCAAAUGAACUUUGGAAUUAUGAGGAAAUAUCAGUGGGAUCUUCUAACACAGAAGUAACGGAAGGUUUUUUUUUUUUUUCCAUCUAAUGCAACAUGAAGAAAGGAUAACAUUUUAGAAAAGUCUUGAGUAAUCUAGGACCCUUCAGGAAACAGGUUUAUAAAACAGUAAAAGAAUAGUUUA